CGGGCCGUCGGGGGCGGGGCUGAGGAUGGCGACGCCCCGCCUGACGCCGUGCCGGAAGCGGGCGCGGCAGGAGCCGGUGCCGGCGGGCGGCCGCCAUGGAGUUCCCGGACCUGGGCGCCCACUGCUCCUGGCCCGCCUGCCAGCGCCUGGACUUCCUCCCCCUGAAGUGUGAUGCCUGCGAGCAGAUCUUCUGCACCGACCACAUCGCUUAUGCCCAGCACGACUGCACCUCUGCCUACAAGAAGGACGUUCAGGUCCCCGUGUGUCCCCUCUGCAAUACACCGGUCCCCGUGAGGCGGGGGGAGAUGCCUGAUGUCGUGGUGGGUGAGCACAUUGACCGUGACUGCAAGUCCGACCCCGCGCAGCGCAAACGCAAGAUCUUCACCAACAAGUGCAUGAAGCCUGGCUGCAAGCAGAAGGAGAUGAUGAAGGUGAUCUGUGACCAGUGCCACAAGAACUACUGCCUCAAGCAUCGGCACCCCCUGGACCACGACUGCAGUGGGGCAGGGCGUCCCCUCUCCAAAGCAGGGCAUGCUGCAGUUGCAAGAGCCCAGGCAUCCUCCUCCAAAACAGUCACUGCAUCGAGCAGUGGAGCUGCCCGGCCAGCAGACAGCCCCUCUUCUCCAGCCUCUGCCAGAGGAGGCAGAGCACCCGCGUCACAGACUCGCAGCACCUCCCCUCCGGCUGUCAUGCUGCAGAAUGGGCUGAGCGAGGAAGAGGCACUGCAGCGAGCUCUGGAGAUGUCCCUAGCAGAGUCAGCACGCAGCUCAGCACAUCCACCCAGCAGCACGCAGGAGGAGGAGGAUCUGGCACUGGCCCAAGCGCUGUCAGCGAGCGAAGCAGAGUACCAGCAGUCGCAGCGGCAGGCACACGGUUCGAAGCCAUCAAACUGCAGCAUGUCGUAGGCAGGCGAGGCAGGGUGUGCCAGUGGACGUGGGAUCCUGCUUGUGACCCGAGGAGCAGCCCUGGCCUCCCGCGUGGAUGCCCUGGGGUUCUGGCCUGGACACUGACAACAUGAGCCCCUCACCAGGGACAAGUCAUCUCCCUGGGGGCUGUAGGCGAGCCACCGAACAUGCACUGACACCUCUGCCCUUGUACGUGUAUAAAAUUGGUGCAGCAAAUUGCUGAUGCUCCCGGAGAGGUGAAGAUGGUGUGGAACGAGGCUGAGUACACGCUGACCAAAGCAAGCAGCAGCCCACGGCACGCACUUAGCCACAGCUGCUGCAGCCGUGUCCCAACACUGCUGGGACUGUGGGAUGCGGGCAGAGCCAGCCUGGAGUGAAGUGCCGCGUGGGGACGUCUCCACACGCUUGGACGUACAGCUGAGAUGCAGCUGCCCACCGCAGUAGCGGGGAGCUGGAUUUCAUGCUCCGGGGAGGGCCGUGCCAGCCCCUCAAAGUGGACUGUGGCUGGGACGGUCUGUCAUUUGGGCACGGCACGGCUGAAUGUCCAGCCUCCUGGCAGCGUGAAGGCAGCUCCCUCCCCACGCCCUCGGUGCCUCCCCUGCUGUUUGCAUGCACAUGAGCAUGUUGGGCCUUACCCGACUCAGCUGGGGCCCAGGAUGUCUCUGAGACUGAAUGGAGCUGUGUUUCCUUUCUGGUUUAAUUUAACAAGGGCCAUUAACUGGAAAGUAACCUCAGCAGUGACUUGACUGUGCCAGUGUCGCUCACGCGGGAGGACUGCAGCUGCCUUUCUGCUGCUGGCUGCUCCUCGGCUACCCUGAACUAUCACAGGGCCCUCUUUUAAUGCUGCUGGGGCAGGUACGCCUCCUUCCUUCCAGCCACGCUGCAGGGGAUCCCGUCCUGGGGAGCAGCAGCACAGAACCCCUUCUUGCAAACGCAGCCCUGAGCUUGGAGCCAGCCCUUCCUUGCUGGUGUUUGGAGGCAGGAGCUGACCCCUGGGUGGGGGGGGAUUUGUCCUGCUGGCCUCUUGCUGGGGCAGGGGGCUGCAGCUGUGCAGAGCGGUGCUGCUUUCCCACCCGCUCUCUUGUGCUGCCCUGCUGGAACCGCUCCUGCUUGCAGGGCUGUGCCUGGUUCUGCACAGGGCUGGGCUGUCCCGCUCCGAGCAGCGUACGGCUGACAGGGGGGUUAUCUGCUGGCAGUGCCUCCCUGGGGGGGGACGUGGGUUCAGGCUGGGUUGAAGGAAUGCUGAGAUUUAUCAAAGUGCUGCUUGGGAGAAAAUAAAAGCGUAGCACAAGGUGCAGA